CUGCGUGGCUUCUUAGCAACUAUACCUCAAGUCGGUGGGGAGAGAUUCAGACGUGCAUUGUGCGGAUCAUUGUCAAACGCCAGCCUCCUGGCUUGAAGAGAGGACUAGGAGGUUUGUCUAAUCUACGUUUCUCAUCUGAGUAAUAUGUCCCUUGAAGCAGAGUGAGUACUCUCAUCUCACGACCACGUCGAGCUAGAGAAUUCAGAGGAGAAGAGGAGGGGAGCUGUUCAGGUGAAGACGAGCUGCAUUGUUAAAGUUUCUGAGUAAAAGCAUCGGCUUCACUUUUUAACAAGUUUGGUUCAGUGGGUCUUGCAUUCGAGUGACGUGAGCCAACAGGAAAUAUGGGAAGGAGCCUUGCCUUGAGCGCAGCCAGGCGUGUACGUCUAGCCGUCUCUGGACAAUCAGCUUAUGCCACUCCAGCAAUGCUCAAGCAGUCGACGACUUACGACUACGAAAGGGUGGGUGUGUCAUCUACCGAAGAAAGGCCAAGCAGGCCUGUGAGGCUCGGAGGAAGGAGUCGGAUCCGCAUAGCAGGUCUGCAAGGACUUCUUCACACUCCGAGCAGCCUCCUCUCCAGACUCAGGGCUUCUUAUGGAAAACUACGAGAAACUGCGAAAGAAACCAACGUCAAUGUCUACGAUCUCUUCGUGGGCAACCAAAUGCUCAUGCAUGUGUGUGCCACCCCGUUGAGGCCCUACAAGAAGAAGGUUACACCUACCAUUGCGGCACCCAGGAAUUCCAAGCUAUCCAAAGUGCCAUCAUCCAAGGGCUUUCGCGUUGGCAGGUCGGCCUCAUUCAAGCACAGGUUAUGAUGAAUUCAGUGACCACUAGUGGAUCUGACCUGCUGUUACAUGAUGAAAACCACGACGAGCAGAGCAAACCGGAAGUUUUGAGGGUUAGCUCAAAGGAUAUACAGGGAUCUGGCUGGGGAGGUGAACUGGAACAGAUCGCAGCAUCAUGCGAAGUUGACAGCAAAGUUCAUGGAAAGUUCCUUGGUCUUCGGUCGUUACUGAGUGUAGUCGAAAGGGAAGGAGUAUAUUUCCAUUCUGUAAUCGAUGAAGGCUCGUUCGUCAGUGCAAUCCAUGUUCGUAAUACAGAAUCGAUCGACUGAUGAGGAGAGUACUUCGGUCUCUUGGAAGUGAUUCUCUUUAGAUUCAUGGGGAAUAUCAGGCACGACCGAUAUUCUCAAUGGCCUUACUACAUACUUACUACUGCACUUG